UCAGGGACGGCCGAUUCCGGCGCCGGCCGAUUCCACCGCCGUGUCGCACCCCAGCCGCCGCCGGCCGAUCCCACCGCCGUGUCGCACCCCAGCCGCCGCCGGCCGAUCCCACCGCCGUGUCGCACCCCAGCUGCCGCCGCAUCUCCGCCGCCCCCAGUAUCCCUCUAGGCCCGCCGUCCCCCAAACCCUAGCCCUAUCCCGAACCCCACUCCAUCCCUUCGUUUCCGGCAGCGUCGAUUGGUACAACGCGCGCGCGCUAUGGAGACUGAGGUGGGCGGAGACGAGCUGGCGCAGUUCACUAUCCCCGGUCGCGGCAAGAAGAGGCCGCCUUCCCCGGCAGCUCCUCCGAGCGACGAAGGAGAGGACUCGCCCAUGUCCACCACCAGGGACGACGACGGCUGGAACAUCAGCGACAGUGACAGCGGCUGCGAGGAGGAGAAGGAUAAUGAAGGGACUGAUGGCCCUUUUACAGCUAAUAAUUUUCCAAAGUUCAGCAGUGACCAUUUUGAGCAGACUACUACACUAUAUACAUAUCCACGGAUCUAUGAGCUUUUUCUACUUCUGGCACUUCUGGUGGUGGAAGCCGCAUUUGAAUUCAAAUUUUUGGCGGUAAAGCGAGCAAAGGAUUUCAAAUUUUUGACGCAGACGCAGCCCAGUCAAUCAAAAUAACUCGCCAUUACCA